AUGCCGAGCAAAAUAACGCUGGGAAAAGAUACGAAUCUUUGCCGUAAAAAGGCAUGCACUGCCUUCCAACUGCCUGCCGUUAAGCGGACGAACGUGCGUCCCGAGGAAGAUUUUCUGGGGAUGCAAGGACUUGGCCAACGGGACAAGUCGAACGAAGCGAGCAGGGAUUUAAAUGGGGAGCGGGAGGCCGAUAGCGAAGCGAACAGUGCAGCCCCGGGGGGUUAUCAGUGCUGA